ACAGUGGAGGGGGUUGUGGGUCAGGAGGUGAAAAGGUCACGCGCAUUGAUCUGGUUAUAUAAACUGAUUACGCAGCAUCAGCUUACUACAGCCGCUGCAGACAUCGCCUACAACCACAAAGAUGGACACUGGUCAAGGUUCCAUGGGCCCUAUACGCCGUUCUAGGCGAAGGGCGGCUAUAAACCAUAGGGUCGUCUCUACACGGCGACGACAAAACCCUUCAGGGGUUGAACCUGCACUUCCUACGCAGACUGAGGGGGAACAAACACAGAAUGAUGCAGCUGUCCGGCCGGCCCCUGCAUUCCCUUCUACCAGCGACAUAGCUGCAGAGGUACUGCGGCUCAUGAUGGAGAAGGGUGUAACUUUCACUCCACAAGGGCCACAGCCAUCAAAUAUGACAGCCCCAACUAUGCCCCUACCUACACAUUCGGGUACCACAGCAGGUUUGGAGCAAUCCUCCUCUACCAAUCAGUCACAGGCUACAAAUAUGCCGGCCUCAUGGGUGACAUUACCUCAUUCUGCUACUGCAGCCUUCGCACAACAAUCCUCAACCAGGCCCUUGCAGCCAUCUGUUUUAGCAACACCUACUGCCUCCAAUCUACCAACCAGACAACUACUGCCGUCUACUUCCCUACAAACAACUCCACCAGUCCUGGACCCCUACAGUCUCCAGUCACCCAUCCAAAAUGCAGUUGCAGGUUUUACAGGUACAGAUACAUGUUUACCCCAUACUCCUGCUUACAGUAGCAUUUCCCGACCUCUGGACGUGCACUUAGAUUCCAAAAUUAAAGCCAAAAUUAUGUGCAAUGAAUUUGUGGAAUUUGGGGCAUUGCUCUCCACCAAAUCGCACCCUGAUCAAUUCCAGCUUCAAGUUCAGGGAAACAACCUAUCUUUGGUACCCAAUACAAAAAAAAUCCAAAUUAAAACCACUGAACAAUGGGUCCAAGCCUUCCACAUUUUCGUUUCGGUUUAUGUUCAGGCACACCCCACUCAAACUGUCAGUCUUUUGAAAUAUGCUGACACAAUCCAAACAUUGUCCAGACGGUCGGGUUUUGCUGCCGCUAUGUUUUACGAUAAUAAUUUCCGAAAAUGGCUUCAGGUCAACCAAGCCAUGCCAUGGGAUGAGCUCAAUAACGAGCUCUAUAUGCAGGCACUGGGUAUCGGAUUAAAGUCUGUCCAAAAGGCUUCACAACACACAGCUCAACAGCCCUUUCCUGCUAACAACCCCAACAUGUUCCAAAAAGGAAAAUGUUGGGAUUUCCUCAAAACUGGAAUAUGCUCGAGAGGGUCCAACUGCAAGUUCCUCCAUGCAUGCUCAAAAUGUGGAGGACAGCAUGGUCCUCAACAAUGUAGGAAGGGAGCUGACUUCAGUGGGGGGAAGGGUACAAUACAAUUCAAGUUCAAUUUCUAG